AUGAUUGAAAGUGAGAGGCUAAACUUCAUACGUUUUCAACAAAUCAAACUGAGAUCUGACUCGCUUAACAGUCUUAAAAAUGUUCAAGAGGUUGGUCAGAGUGAUUUGAGUCAUACAGGACAACCUGUUAUAUUACCGUCAUCGUUUACAGGUGGUUCUCGGUACAUGAUGCAAAACUACUUGGAUGCUAUGGCAUUAUGUCGGACGUAUGGGUAUCCUGAUUUCUUUAUCACAAUCACAUGUAAUCCGAAAUGGCCUGAAAUUGUAAGAUUUAUUGGUGACUCAUCAAUUAAGCCAGAAGACAGACCUGACAUACUUUGUCGAUUGUUUAAUAUGAAACUUGAUGAAUUGAUAAAAGAUCUGAAGCAAAAGAAAAUAUUUGACGAUAUUAAUGCAGUUGUUUACACAGUUGAGUUUCAAAAGCGUGGUUUGCCACAUGCGCAUAUUUGCUUAUUUAUGAAAGCUGAUCAUAAACUUCCUACGGUUGAACACAUCGAUCCCUUUAUCUCAGCUGAAAUUCCUGAUAAAAACAAGGAUCCUGAAUUGAGAAGAGAUUCUGGUCACACGGUUGUGAAGAAGGGUGUUACUUUGGACAAUAGGAGUGUAGUUCCAUACAACAAAAAGCUUCUUAAAAGGUAUCAGGCGCACAUCAACGUGGAGUGGUGCAAUCAGGCUGGUUCAAUUAAGUAUUUGUUUAAAUACAUUAAUAAAGGACCUGAUCGAGCCACUGUUGCUGUUUUUGAUUCAGACAGAGGUCCAGAUGAGGAGAUCCCAAAAGAUGAAAUUAAAGAAUAUUACGAAGCUAGAUAUGUUUCCGCAUGUGAAGCCAGCUGGAGAAUAUUUGCCAAUGAUGUUCAUUGUAGGUAUCCUUCUGUUAUGAGAUUACCCUUUCAUCUACUUGGACAACAAAAUGUUGUAUUUAGUUGUGACGACGAUAUUGAGGAUGUCCUAAACAAACCUCAAGUAAAUUCCUCUAUUUUCUUAGAAUGGAUGAAGAUGAACAAUUCUAAGCCUGAAGCAAGAGAACUUACUUAUGUUGAGUUUCCUUCAAAAUAUGUGUGGAAGUUAAAAGAUCGUUGCUGGCAGCCACGCCAAAAUUAUGUUGUUAUUGGGAGAAUUUAUUUUGCGUCUCCUUCUCUUGGUGAGGCUUAUUACCUAAGAAUUCUUCUUACUAAGGUUAAAGGACCACGAUCAUUUGAAGAAAUCAGAACAUAUGAUGGUGUUGUUUAUCCUACUUUUAGGGACGCGUGUUAUGCCUGUGGCCUGUUAGAUGAUGACAAUGAAUAUAUUGAGUGUAUUAAAGAAUCCAGUUUCACUGGAAACGGUCAUUAUCUACGUUCUUUGUUUGGAACACUAUUUUUGUCUAAUACGCUUUCAAGACCUGAAGUUGUUUGGGAGAAAACGUGUGAGCUAUUGUCCGAGGACAUCUUAUACAAUAUGCGGAAAGAUACUGGCAUGAGCGGAUUCGUUGUUUCUGACGAACGUUUAAAGAAUAUAAUGUUGUCCAAAAUCGAAAAAUUUCUUAUUCGUAAUGGAUCCAGCUUGCACAGGUUCCCACCAAUGCCUUAUCCUGAUGAUGACUAUCUAAUGUCCGAUAGCAACCGUCUGAUAAAUGAGGAGCUUUCUUUUGACACGGAUGAACUUAGGGCUGAGUUCAAUAAUCUUCACAGGUCUCUAAACGACGAUCAAAGAGCAGUGUAUAAUGAGAUUAUGGAUGCUGUUCGAAGUGGAAAGGGUGGUGUGUUUUUUGUGUACGGUUAUGGUGGUACGGGCAAGACCUUUCUGUGGAAAACUUUAGGUGCUUCCAUUAUAUGCAAUGGACAGAUUGUUAUUAAUGUUGCUUCAAAUGGUAUUGCAUCUUUGUUGUUAUCACGAGAACUUCCAUUUGGUGGAAAAGCUAUUGUCUUUGGUGGUGACAUUAGACAAAUCCUACCUGUUGUACAAAAUGGAAGCAGGCAAGAAAUCGUAAACGCCUCUUUAUGUUUAUCCCACAUCUGGUCCAGUUGCAAGGUGUUAAAACUGACAACCAACAUGCGUUUGUCGGUUGGAUCCAGUAGCUCAAACAUCGAGGAGAUAAAUGAAUUUGGUAAAUGGCUUCUUGAGAUCGGCGAAGGCAAUGUUGGUGAUUGUAACGAUGGUGAUGCAAAUAUUGAAAUACCUGAUCAUCUUUUAAUAAUUGAUGAAAAUGAUCCAAUUCAAGGUUUGAUUGACUUUGUAUAUCCUUCAGUGCUUCAUCGUUUUAAAGACCGUGACUACUUUUCUGAAAGAGCUAUACUCGCUCCUAAGAAUGAAGUUGUUCAUGAGAUAAAUGAUCGUUUGCUUGCGUUGUUUCCCGGUGAAGAAGUAGAGUGUCUUAACUCUGAUAGUUUAUGUCCGACUGAGGAAAUUAAUGAUCCGUUACAUCAAGAUUUAUAUAAUCCAGAUGUCUUAAACAGUGUGAAAGUAUCAGGAUUACCAAAUCAUAGAUUGGUAUUAAAAUUGGGUGUUCCGGUUAUGCUUUUGAGGAAUAUUGAUCCGCAAAACGGUCUGUGUAAUGGUACGCGUCUUCAAAUCACACGUCUUGGUAAACGUGUUAUCGAGGCUGAGAUAUUAUCGGGAAGUAAUGUUGGUUCAAGAACUUACAUCCCAAGAAUUAGCAUGAUACCAUCUAACAAGAAAAUACCCUUCAAGUUUCAACAAAGUCAAGGACAAUCUCUAUCGAGAGUUGGUCUAUACCUGAGAGACCCUGUGUUCUCACAUGGUCAGCUUUAUGUUGCUUUGUCGAGAGUAAAGACUAAAGAUGGCGUUAAGGUUUUAAUAUUCGACAAAGAUGGGAGGACAACAAAUAAAACUGCAAACGUUGUUUACAAAGAAAUAUUCGGGAAAUUGUAG